AAAUCUUUUGGAAAGUCAAAAGAAAGCUUUGGAUUAUUAAUAACACAAUUACGGAAGUAUAAAAUGCAAGAACAUUCUGAUGGAACACCAAAUGCAUAUGCAAUGCCUUAUACAUCUAAUCAAAAUACUCCAUUAAAUACCAAUGAUAUCUAUACAUUAGUUAAUUCUAUGCUUUAUAAUUAUGAAAAUGAUGAUUCUUCAGAUGAUUCUCAAGACGAUGUUGAUCAACUCUUAGUUUUAAAUUCGAUUAAUACUGCAAUAAAUGAUUUAGAGUUGGAAAUUAAAACAUUUGUUGAUUUUAAUUUGCAAAUAUUUGAACUAUUUAAUAACAAUAAGGACGAUUUGACUGAAGAUACAAGUUUUAAAAGUAAUUAUAUAGAAAAUUUUGAAAAUUAUGACCCAGAAACUAUUAUUUAA